AUGCAAAAUGACUUUGCUGCUAGAAAAUUGAGAAAUAUGGGUUUUCCUUGUACUGCUCACGUGCCUUGUGUUGGAAGAAGUGGUGGUCUUGUGCUGGACUGGAAGAAGGAAAUUGAUCUUCUCAUUGUUUCCACUAGUAAUAGGGGAAUCUAUGUCACCACUAAGGAUAUUAUUCACUCUAAAACUUGCCACAUUUAUUUUAUUUAUGGAGAGCCUAAUACUGCAUUGAGACAAGCUUUUAGGGAGAACCAAUGCAAAUUACCACCUAUACCAAUAGAUGAACCAGCUUUCUUUAUAGGUGACUUUAAUGCUCUCCUAGGCCCCGAAGAUAAAAAUGGUGGCCUAAAGGUUGUUGAUAUUGAUUUUGUUAACCUUAGGAAUUUCUGCAUUGCUUUUGAUUUACAUGAUCCUAGUUUCUCUGGUCCUAGAUUUACUUGGUCUAAUAUGCAACAGGGUCCUCAUAUUAUCCUUCAAAGACUUGUAGAUGCUUUAUUAACCCCUAAGUUGAAUCUUUAUGUCCUAAGUUUUGUGUUAAUAAUCUUCCUAGGGAUUCAUUCCUCUGAGCACUUCCCCAUGCAUAUUGGUUUUAAUUUUGAAGUAACUUUCUUGCCUAAACCCUUCCAUUUUAUGGCUAUGUGA